CUUGGGUAUAGGUUAAAGACGCAUGUGCUGAACCGCCAGCAACAGGACAUUAAAGACCAAAACAGUUCCCAGCUUCAAGACUGACAACACACACUUGGUUGAGAAAACAAACAAUACAAAAAGUGCAAAAUCAAAAUCUAAUUAAAUCAAUCAAAAAUGAAAGUAGAAUUAAAUCUUUAAUUCUAGUUGAAAUUGAAAAUGAAACGACAAAAAUUAAAUUAAAGUCAAAAUGCAGAGUGCGCGUAAUGAAAUAACAAAACGUGAAAGACCCGCAUAAUUAGGACGAAAAAAAAGUAAAGAAAAGUGAAAUCAAAUACAAAAUCAGCCGUUGACACGCACACAAAUACCAAGGCAGACUCACACACACACACAAACACAGUCACAGUGACACAGAUACACAUGCAGAUGCAGAGAUUGCGGCUGUGAGUCAAGUGCGGGGGUGGGGCAUUGUUGAGGUUGCCCCUUGCCAUCGUAUCGUCGACGGUCCUCCUCAUCGUCUCUCGCCUGUCGUCUGUCGACUGUCGGUUGUCGUCUGUCGGUUGUCGGUUGUCGCCCUGUGACACUCGGUAUAAAUAUUUAUGUUGACGAAUUUACCUGCGGCAGAGCGUCGCUAAUGAAGCGAACAAAAUGAAUGUGAAAGGACAUAAUUAUGCUUAUGUUUUACGUGUUAAGUGCUUGGCAAGCACGAUUAAGGCGCUUUAUCACCCGCAACAACGGCACCAACACGAGCGACAAGCACACCAGCAACAGCAGCAGCAGCAACAACAACAACAACAACUGAAACAAAAUCAACAGCAACAGCUGCGACGCCAGCAACAAAGGCGCUUACGGCGAACCUUGUCGCAACAGCAGCAACAGCAACAUCAACAGCAACAGCAACACCAACAUCAGCAGCAACAAGAACUGUUUUAAGCACUCGCUCAUACAUUGGCCGCCACGCCCAUUGGCAAGGAGUGGGCGUUUAAGUAGAAGCAACACAACAACACAUUACUACACAACAGCAACACACAGCAAAAAAUAUUCGUGUACAUUAUGCUUGGCGCAACGACAACGCCAGCAACAUUGCUGGAGUUUGGGGCAAUUGGUGAUGUUCCAAGCAUUUUGGAAAUAGAACUGCCAGCAAUAUUGUUCAACGAGAGUCUCUACAUUGAACUGAAUGGCAGUGUGACACAGCUGGAUGCCAGUGGCAUUAACCAGACCAGCUGGAACAUUAGCAACAACAUCAUCAGCACCGGCAGCAGCGGUCUCAAUGCCACCCACAGCAACAACAGCGUCGUCGGCAGCGGGGUCAACAGCAGCAGCGGCAGCAAUGCAAGCAACCAACUGGCGACGACCGAGGAGGAGCAACAGAGGGCGGCCAACGAGCGAGCUGCAGCCGAGUUCUGGCUGCUGGUCAAGAUGAUAACUAUGACCGUUGUGCUCGGCCUAAUGAUACUCGUCACCGUUAUAGGAAACGUAUUCGUUAUCGCUGCAAUAAUUCUGGAACGUAACUUACAGAAUGUUGCUAAUUAUUUGGUGGCAUCUCUGGCAGUGGCUGAUUUAUUCGUUGCUUGUCUCGUCAUGCCACUUGGCGCCGUCUACGAGAUAAGCAAUGGCUGGAUACUGGGACCCGAGCUCUGUGACAUUUGGACCUCAUGCGAUGUGCUUUGCUGCACAGCUUCCAUUCUCCAUCUGGUAGCCAUUGCAGCUGAUAGAUAUUGGACCGUUACGAAUAUCGAUUACAACAAUUUGCGUACACCGAAGAGAGUAUUCUUGAUGAUCUUCUGCGUGUGGUUUGCUGCAUUGAUUGUCUCGCUGGCACCGCAAUUCGGCUGGAAGGAUCCCGACUACAUGAGUCGCAUCGAAGAACAGCAGUGCAUGGUUUCACAGGAUGUGGCCUAUCAGAUAUUCGCCACAUGUUGCACCUUCUAUGUGCCAUUGUUGGUCAUCUUGUUCCUAUACUGGAAGAUCUAUUUAAUCGCCCGAAAGCGCAUUCAGCGUCGCACACAAAAGUCAUUCAAUGUGCGGCUAACUGAAACAGAGUACGAUUCGACAGCGCGUGAACUGCAAAAGGAGCAACGGGGGAAGCGACGCAUGGCCAAGCGGGAACAGGAUGUCGAGGAAAAUGGAGCUGGCGAUGGACAGCCACAGCGACGCACACGCAAACGCAUGAAGAUUUGCUUUGGACGAAAAUCAAAUACGGCCAACAUCAUUGCGGGAUCCGAAGGUGCUGUGGCUCGCUCGGUGGCCGCCAUUGCGGUUGACUUUGCCAGCUUGGCUAUUACACGCGAGGAGACGGAGUUUAGCACCAGCAACUAUGAUAACAAAAGCCACGCGGGCACCGAACUGACCACCAUAUCCAGCGAUGCGGACGAUUAUCGCACUAGCAAUGCGAACGAAAUCAUUACGCUGUCCCAGCAGGUAGCCAGUGCCACACAGCAACAUCUAAUCGCCUCCCAUUUGAAUGCCAUAACGCCGUUGGCGCAAUCCAUCGCCAUGGGUGGUGCAACAAGCAGCAAUCAGACCCCGGGCAGUGGCGGAGGAGCAGGAGCAGGUGGUGGCACUAGUCCAAUGGGUGGUGGCAAGGGAGUGCUGUCGAGCAUUGCGAAUCCCCAUCAAAAGCUGGCCAAGCGCCGGCAGCUGUUGGAGGCAAAGCGAGAACGGAAGGCAGCACAAACAUUGGCCAUCAUCACCGGCGCCUUUGUCAUCUGUUGGCUGCCCUUCUUUGUGAUGGCACUCACAAUGAGCCUGUGCAAGGCUUGCGAAAUUCAUCCAGCAGUUGCAUCGCUCUUCCUCUGGCUGGGCUACUUCAACUCCACACUCAAUCCGGUCAUCUACACCAUCUUCAAUCCGGAAUUCCGACGCGCCUUCAAGCGCAUACUUUUUGGCCGCAAGCAUGCGGCACGUGCCCGCAGCGCGAAAAUUUGAUUUCAACUGAAAGGAAACGAGGACCAGUAUCUGUAAGUCCCAUCAAAAAAAGGUGAAAGCGAAAGUUACUAUUCCAAAAAUAUGCUUCAACUACUAACUAUGAGAACAACAACUCACCAAGAACAACUAACAAAAUGGUAUGUAAAUAUGCUCUAAACGGAAAUGGAAUUGAAAUUGACAUUGCAUUGCAUUAGAUUAAUGACUAGUUAAUGGUUAAGUAUCUAGAUGUAAAAUUAGCUUAGUAGCGCGCGUUAAACGAUGUUUUAGCAGUGACAAUCCCAAGUACAUGUACUAUUAAGUAAUAUUCCUUGCCUACCUUAAAGUACCACACACGUGCCCCGAAAUACAACCGAUGGAGAAAUCUAACAACAAUUUUGAUAUGCUAUUAACACAGCGACGUCGAUGUACAUACAUAUAAAUUAUAUAUUCGAAUUAUGGUAACUGUAAAACGCUUAAUUAUAUUCGUAUUGUAGUUGAUAUAUAUAUGUAUAUGAGUAAAUGUAUGUGUGUAUUUUAUAAAGUUUCUAAUGUCUUCCCUGUGUCUUAAAGAAGUCAGAGAACAAUUAAUGUUACACAAAGAUUUAAAUACCAUGUGCAAAAUCUCCACUUUCACAUCAAUUUCAGAUCUCAAUUUAAAACAAAAGAAAAUUUCUAGUCAAGAACAUUCUUCAUAUCAACUCCAGCUGAAAAAGGAGAGUAUCAUACCGAAUACUAAAGUAUACUCAGGAAUUGUAGGCGAAAGUGGAGACGGGAACAAACAAAUGUCCUGUAAAUAGUUUUAAAGGCUGGGUCCAAAAACUUUGUACGCUUUCCAAAACCAACAAAAGAGAAAAACAAAACUGUGUUAGUUCCAUGUGUUGCGAGAUUUAAGCAUACGCAUUAGAUAUUUAUGUUUCGCGUUCAAUUAAUUAGCAUAAAUUAAGUUUAAAAUUAAAAACAUUUGAAGCGGGUCUAACUAACUGAAUGUGUAACGAAUUAACGCACAGUUUGCAAAAAAAAUACAUUUAAACCAAUUCACUCACUUUGUAUAACGACAGACGAUAGCAAUUAGAAACCAUAGCAGUAAGACAAGAGCAGCAUAUUAUAAAUUCAACAAAAAUAAAAAAAAUAGUUUAAACAAAUAUCAAAUGAAAUUAUUCAGAAAUUGUGUAAUCAAACUAUGUAAA